AUGAAUGACGAUAGUCUAAGCAAUCUCAUACAAAAAAUAGGGCACCAUAUUGAUGACAUUAGAGACAGAUCGAUUAUUAUGUUAAUUCAAAAAUAUGAAAAAAAUUUAAUAAAUGAAGAAGAAUUAAAAAAACGAAACAACUUUUAUUGCUUGAUUCUUCAUUACAUUAAUGAUAGAAAUUCAUUCAUUCCUUUAAAAAACUUACAAGAUAUAUUAUCCUUUGUGCAAAACAUUAUAAAGAAAGAUGAACAUAUAAAACAAAAAUUUGAAGAAUUAUAUAUAUCAAAAUUUUUGAAAGAAUUUUUAACUCAUUUCAAAAAUAACAAAGAAAAAUAUAAAUCAAAUAAACAAGUGCAAAAAAGUUAUCUUGCUAAAAGUGAUGAUCUGGGUAUGCUAAGUUUGGACAAUUCUUCUACAAAAAAUGAUGAAUGCAUAAACGUUAUUAAGAUUCUAUGUGAACUGAUUAAUAUAUAUUGUCCUGAUGAAUCAAUAAAUGAUAUAUUAGAAUUUAAAGACAGCAAUUAUGUAAGCAUACAAAAUGAUAAAAAUAUAAAUGAUGUAAUAACUUCAUUAAAUACGCAAGAUUUAACUAGUGAUAGUAGCAAUAUUUAUAAUGAAAAAGGUAUGAAUCUACAAAAUGGAGAAAAUAAUAGUCCAAUAAAAAAUUCCAUAAUAAAUGAAACGAAUACAGUUCAAAAUAAAAAUACUUCUGAUAUAACUCCAAAAGAACAAGAAAAAAAACAAAGAAACUCAUUGAUUUCGUUGAGCUUAUAUCAAAAUAAUAAUAUAUCAGAAAAAGAUUUGACAACUAUCAAUCAAAUGAUUAAAAAAAACAACUACAUAAAUAUAUUUACAAAAAAUAGGUGCUCAACAAUCGAAGAAUUUGAAUAUUAUAAUACAUUGCAUUCUAUCAAAAAUCAACUAAAUCAAAAUUCAAUUGACUUAUUGCUACGUUAUAAAUCUUAUAAAUCUAACAAAAUUAAGAACGAAGAUAGCAAUACUAGUGAUAUAUUUUUGCCUGCAUCCUUUCUUCAUACUAAUAAAUAUAUCAUUGAACAAAAUUAUUCUCUUCUUUUAAAGUAUUAUAAUUUUUUAUAUUUAUAUAACUUUUUUGAUAGCUAUGAUAUGUUCAUGAAAAAUUUUCUCGAUAUAAAUGCGAUGGAACCACAAGACAAUAAUAUAGAAAUAAAGCAACUAAAUGAAGAAACUGAAAAAUGUGAUAUAGAGAAAAAAAAAAAAGAUGGAAAGAAAAAUGAUCAAAUUUGUUCUAUAACAAAUAUAAUAGAUCAAUAUUACACAUAUCUAAAAUACAAUUAUAUAUAUAACAACAAAAUUUAUUACAAAAUUACAAAUUAUACUAAUAAAAUUAAUUUGCUAUAUUUUUACACGAAAAUGAAAUUUAAUUACUUUGAACUAUUAGGAAUUAAUAUAAUUAAAAAAAAAAUUAGUGUAGACGAUUUAGUAUACAUGCAUAAGGAAGUCAAUAAAAUAUUAAACAAAUAUAUAUAUAUUUUUAACAAAGACGUAUUGUUAUUUAAUUAUAAGUUUAUAUACACUCUUAGCUAUAAUAUUCAUUAUAUAUAUAAAAAUUAUGUAGAAAAUAGGCAAUUAGAAAAUGACUAUAAUUAUAUAAUUAAUAUAGUAAAUAACUUGUCUUAUAUCAUAUAUAUUAUUCUAUACAAUAUUUAUGUUACUAUAAAAAAUAAAAAAGAAUGUAUGUGUAAUAGUAUAUACAAUAUAUAUAUAAAUAAUUUUUUUUUCUUGCUUAACCAAAAUUUGUUCUACUUGGUUUUUCUUUGCAAUAACAAAAAGGCGAAACAAAAAUUAUCAAAAAAUAUAAUCACAGUUACUAAUUUUGCAGCAUAUCAAAGAAACAAUGAUAAAAUAAUAAGCAAUAUAAAUUCAUUUUACUAUAAUAAAUAUUGUCAGAAAUAUUCCGAACUAGCAGACAAAAAUAGUACCCUCGAAAUAAACGAAAAUGAUAUGUAUCACUAUUUAUUUAUAACAAAAAAUAAUUGCAUAUAUAUUUUCAAGAUGAUAGUUUUUUACAUGCUAGAAAUAUUAAGAAUUUCCCAUUAUAGAAUCGAUAAUAUAAAUAAAAAUUGUUCUAUAUUUAAUUUCCAUACAGAAAAUUAUAUACUUAUAUAUGAUUAUUUGUAUAACAUAAUGAUUCAAUAUUUUGAUAGCGACCAAAAAGAGUUAGAUACUCACUUUAAUAAUUUAAUCGAUUUUAUAAAAGAGACAAAUAUGUAUACUUCUUCGAAUAACACAAAUAAAAAUGAUCAUAAUAAUAAAACUGAUUAUAUAUAUAGGAAAAAGGAAUCAAACAGCUAUUCCUUUUUAUCUGUUUCUUCUCCAUUGGCUUCAUCCGAAGUUUUAGAAUCAUCUUCUUCUGAAUUAUCACAUGAUAUGAGCAAAGAUAAAUUUAAAAGUAUUAAUAUAUUCAUCAAUGAUUCAUAUAGAUACACAUAUAAAUAUAAUUUAAAACAAAUUGAAAUAUUAAAAAUUAUAUGUCUUUAUAUUAACUACACACCUAUAUCAUUUAUUCAAGCAAAAAGGAUAAAAAUACAGUUUGCUAACAUAUUGAAAACUAUAUUAUUUGAUAUACAUAUAAAUAUUCAUUAUUUGGAGAUUUUAUAUUUUAUUAAACUUUUCUUUUAUUUUUAUGAUUCACAAAUUUACAAAGAGUACGAGAGUUUCAUAUUCUACUACAAUUUGCUAGUCAACCUUUUCUUUAUUUAUAGUGAAAACGCAAACAAAACUGUAGAUAAAAAUAUACAUAUCUCUAUGGUGCAUGUCGACAAACACAUCCAGAAAACCAUGGAUACCAUAAACACCCAAUUAGACAUUUCAACAUUUAUAAAUACUAAUAACAAUAUUUUUCAUUUUUUUUUUUUUUUAUCUACUAAUUAUACAUCCCUCAAUAUGUUUUUAGAAAAAUUUCUUGUUGAAUCUAUAAAACAUUGCAACAUCGGUUCAUGUGAUAAUAUCAUAUUUUCAAACACAGUUACAAAUCCGACUAACGAAUUUUCAGAAAUUCUUGUUAAUUUUAAAUCAAGCGAUUUUGGAAACCAACAAAAAUACACAAAAGACGAAACAAAUAAUUUUAAAAAUAUAGAAUCAAAACAUCUACAUAAUUUUUAUAGUACUUUAAUAAAAACAACAAAGAACAACACAGAAUUAAUCAAUCUUCAAAGUCAAGAAAUUACUAAAUUUCUUGAUAAUUCAAAUAUUAUUUCCAAUUUUUCCUUUAAUUUUAUUCACAAUAUAAGUAGCAUAUUAAUUGAGAAUAAUUUAAAAAUUUUAUUUAACACUUUUUUAUUAUUAUCUUCUGAAUACAACAAUUUUGAAAGUUAUAUAGAAUCGCAUGGACAAUAUAGUACAAUAUAUCAAUUUAUAGUUGAUAAGUUAAAAAAAAUUAGCAAUAAAAUGCAUAUAUUAUCAUUUAAUCAUAGCACACAAGGUGAAAAUAGUUUAAUUCAAAAUGUUAAAUUUGUCGAAUUAUUUAAAAAUUUUCUUCUUCUAUUACAUAAUAUAAUUUCAAUAAUAUAUAGUUACAAUAAUGAAGUUAUUUUCUUUUUUCUUAAUUUUAUUUUUAAUAUUAAUAAUGAAAAAAGUAAAUUUUUUAGUUCUAAUGAGGAAUUAUCUCCUAUUUAUAUACAAACAUUUAACAUCCCUGACAACCAUAGUUGUGAAAUAAACACUUUGAACAAAAAAACAAACUAUCCAUAUGAUUAUGAAAAAUAUAUUGGUGAAAAUAGUUUUUAUAAAUCUACAGCCCAUCAGUCAAAUUUUAAAACCAAGGAAAAUACAAUUACUAAUUAUGGAACUAAUUGUACUACUAUUUAUCAUAAUAUGGACAAUGAAGACAAUCAAUAUUUACAUAAAAAAGAGGAAUGCACUUCUAAUGAUAUGAUAAAAUAUGGGAAUAAAGCGAAUUAUAAUUAUUAUGCUACAAAAAAUUAUGGAAAUAAAAACAAUUAUGAUUACCCUGAAUGCCACCCUGAUUGUGAAAAUACAUUUAAGAAAGAAAACAGUGAAAAACAAAAUUGUAUAGAAAGAAUAAAAAACCCAUAUAUGGCUUUAAAAAAAGAACAAAAUAAUUUUAGUGAAAUAGAAAACAAGUAUAACAACAAUGAACAAAAUCAAUGGAACAAAACUGAAGAAAUUUUUAUCCAGUCUGAUGAUAAUACGAAAAAUUAUAAUAAAAAUAGUAAUUUAAAUAAUUAUAAUAAAGCAUAUAGUGAUAUAAAGUACAGUAUUAAUAAAACAAAACAAUACCUAUCAAAUACAUUUUUAUCACCUUUUCAAAUAAUCGAAUUUGUUGAUUUUAUAUAUGAAAUAUGUGUAUAUAGCAAAAAGGAAAUAAAAAAUUACUAUAUAGUUUUUAUUAUAGAAAAUAUUAAAAAAAAUAUCGGCAUUCUGAUUGAUAUGAUCAAAGAUAAAGAAAUAAAAGAAAAAAGAUGCAUGUUAGCAAAUAUCAAAACACAUUCCAACCUAUUGCUUCUUUUAUAUUUUAUUAAAAAAAAAUAUAUAAUCAUAAUUGAACAAACUCUUUAUAAUUCUUUUAAUUUUUUAUAUGAAAAUUAUUUCUAUCCUCAUUUUAACCAAAAUAAAAAACAAAACUUAGAAGUAGAUCAAACAAGUAGCAGUCUAUAUUUUUAUCAAAAUGUUUUUAUAAAUAUACAUAAUGCAUACUUUUUCCUAUUUCAAAAAAAAAAAAAAAAACGAACCUUUUCUCUUAAAUUCUUUUGGAAAUUAUAUUACCAACUUAAAAUGAACUUUGGUAAAAUUAAUACACAGCUAGAACAACUAAAAAAAAAUGACAAUUCAAAUGAUCCUUUACCUUGCUUUUCUAGCACAAAUAACGAAAGUCAAAAUAGAGAAAUUUUAAAAAAAAAAAUUCAAUAUUACAACAUUGAACAAAAGACAGACAAAACUUAUGAAAAUAGUAAAAUAAAUGAGAAAAAUAACCCAGAAUGUGAAAAACUAUCUUAUAACAUAUUUAACUAUUCAAGUGACUGGAAUUUUAAAGCUAAUAUUUUGAAUACUUACAUAAGCAGCUUUUUAGUAGAAACAUUCACAGAUGAUGAAACGAUUAUUUUGAAAUAUAUGGAUAAUAUAAGCAUGGGUAUAGAAAAACAAACUCCUCAUUUUUUUAAUAGAAUUAUUUCAUUCCUUUUGAGAAAAGAAACAAAAUACGAAGCAAACAUAGUAUCAAUCAAAAGAUCAUCUAACCAUGAAAAAGGAGUGCCAAACGAUAACGAUAUAUCCCUUCAAAUUUACGAAAAUAUUCUUAGUUUAUAUUUACAAAUCAUAAAAGAAAUUAUACUUAAAGAAAAAAUAAGCAUAACAUAUAUUGAAACAUUUAUAUAUGUGUUAAAAAUAAUUAUUCUUCUACUUAUUACCAAUAAUAGGAAUAGCAAAAUAUGCAAAAAGAUAUAUAAAGAGAAGUACUUUUUUUUAUCACAUUUAUAUUGCUUUUUUUUCUAUGAUAAUGAAAUUAUAAAAUCAUUAUCUAUUAGCUUAACUUUUUAUUUAAUAUUUGAUCAAAAUAUAUUGUUAUUGAACAAAUACAGAUUAUUUUUAGAGCCGCGUUUUGUCAUAGAACAAGAGGAAAAUAAAAAAAAAGUAAAAGCAAGAGACGAAUAUAUUCCAUUUUUAUUAAACAAAUGCCCAAAUAAACAAAAAAUAAACUCUUCUUCGCAAUCCAAUGGUGAAAAAAAUGUAGAAUAUUCUAUAAUUAAUGAAAUAACAAAAAUAGAGCAUAUAAAUAUGUGCACAACAGAAGAAAUGGAAAGCAUGCAAAAUAAACACGAAGAUGAAAAUCAUUCAUUUCAAAAUGAUAUACAUUCUAUUCACAAAAAAUAUAAUCUUAGUUUUUUCAAUUUAAAAAAUAAUAAAUCUAAAUAUCUAGACAAUAAUAAAAAUGAUCAUAUAGACAAUUUAAAAAGGGCAUCUUAUUGUAUAGAAAAUAAAAUUAUUUAUUAUGUACCUUUUUGGCUGUAUAAAAAAUUACAAACAAAUCAUUUAUUAUUCCAUAUUAAAAAAUUUAAAUCCUUUUUUUUAUAUUCAACAAAAUAUACUUAUUUGCAUAGUUUUCAUAACCCUAAAUCAAAUACCAGUGAAAAAGAAUUAUCUUAUUAUGGAAACUAUAACAAUGAUAACAUAUUUAGAUCUUUUGCCUUAUUUGUUAAUAAAUAUUAUUACAUAAUUCAGGAAUUAAAAAAAGGUGGAAAUAAUAUUUUAUUCAAUUAUAAUAAUAACAUUGAUAAACCUAAUAUAGAAAUUUCCCCAAUAAAUCAAGAUACUCGUAGUAAUAGCGGAUUAUCAAAUCCUAAUUCAUUUAUUUUUUUAAAUAUAAAGUUAGACAAAAAUAUUUUAUCAUAUAAUAAUUCAGCAUAUAUAGCUUCUUUGUUAAAGGAAUUAAAAAUCCAACCAUCUAUAAAUGAUUUUGAAAAUGAUAAAGUCAAAUUUGCUUAUAUAUACAAUUUAAAUAGGCUCUUUUUCUUCCUAAAUAAUUUCUAUAUUCAAUUUUUAUACACAUAUGAUGAUAAUUCUGAGAAUUACAUAAAACAAAGUCAAGACAGUAUUACCCAAAAUAAUAGUACAGAAAAAUGUGAAAUUUCGUAUUUACAUGAUAAAUCAAAAAUGGAAACAAGUUCAAAUAACAUACGUGAAGAAAAUAUAAAUCUAUACAAUCGUGAAAAGAAUAAAAAUUGUCAACAUCAGUUCAUAAAAAUAAAAAAAAACGUUUACUAUCUUUUUGAAAAUAAUUUUAGCCACAUAUUGAGCAUAAUAAAUUUUGUUUAUGAUAUAAUAUUUCCGUAUACCGAUAAACUUGCAUUUUUUAUGCACAACUGUCUAACAAAUACUAAUACUACAAAUGAAAGUUAUUCUCAUAAAAAAAAUAUAAUGCUUAUUCAUAACAACCUAUUAUUACUAGAACAUUUGAUAAAUGUAUUUGAUAUAUGCUUAUAUAUUCAUUUAAUAGUUAAGAACAAUAAAAAUAUAUAUAUUAAAGAACACAUCCAUGAACUAAAUAAACAAAUAGACUUAUCAUUAUAUAUAUAUAAAUUAUUAUAUAUCUCGAUAUCUACAAAUUCAUUAAAAAAUAAAUUUUCCAGUUUCUCUUUAAACAUUAUAUAUAAUUUUAUAAAGAUCGAAAAUUACUACCUUAAUAUAAAGCAUGAUUAUUAUAACAAUUUGGAUGGGGAUAAUCUGGAGGACAAAGAAACUAAAAAUUAUAUUAUGCUAAAAGAAGAGAAGAGAAAACGAAAAAUACUAAAAGAGAAAAAUAAAAGUAUGUCAACCCUAGUUAAUUUUCUAUUUUUCAUUAUAUCAAAAUAUUCCAAGAAAAUAAUCAAAAAAAAGGCGAAACAAAAUAUUCCCAACCAAAUAUCACAACCUAAGAAUAAUUUAUAUUAUAAUAUUGUAAAUUUAUAUGAAAUAGAAAAAAUAAUAAACAUAGAAAAUGCCACAUUUCAAAAUCAUGAAAAAAAGUAUCUUAAAUUAAAUAUAUUUUUUAUAAAAAAUGUCAUGUCUAUGUUGCAUGUAAUAAUGAAACAGGGAUGCUACAUUGAUCUAAAUUUAAUAAACAAUGAUAUAUUUUUAAUAAAUUAUAAUAUAUUGAUGAAUUACGAUUAUAAACGUUUUGUCAAUAAACAUAUUUGGAAAUCAAAAAACGAUAUAAAUAAUCAACAUGUAUCGCACCCAGAAAAUAGCUCCUCACAAAUUGGACAAAAUGUUACUACUAUAAGAACUGACAGUAAAUAUACAGAUAGUAUUUUCAGUGAUAGUAGUAAUAAUAACGGUUUUAAUGACAGUCAAAACAGCUCUAAUUCUUCAAAUAGUGGCAAACUAAGGGAUAAAUCCCUCAACCCAUUAAUAGAAAAUAAAAAUGUUAAAAAAUUUAGAAUUUUAAAAAAAAUAAUUUUAAAUAAAUAUAUUAAUACAUUAUUAAACUUUUGCAAUAUAUACAACGAUAUUGUUAUAGAGUGUUUAUAUGUUCAAUUGCUAAUUUUUUUUUUUAAAUAUAUUCUACAAGUUAUAAAAAGCAAAUUUAGAAAGGAAUAUGUAAAGGAUAAUUGUUAUUCUAAACAACAAAUAUUAAUUUUUUUCUUAAAACAUUACAAGGUGGAUAAAAAAAUUUUUAUUUUUUUAAAAAGUAUUUAUUUUAUUAUACUAAAAUAUUCUAUAUAUGUGCAAAAAACAAAAUUUUCAAAUAAUUUUUUUACCCAUAAUAUCAAUACUAAAAAAAGACAAAAUGAAAAAUGUAAUGAUCAAAAUAAAAAAACAAAAGUGGAUAUAAAUAAACACAAUUAUUUUAUAAAAGAGGAAAAAAUAUAUAUAAAUUAUUGUAAACUAUUUUAUGAAUAUACAAUAAACCAUUAUCGAAAUUGCAUAGAAACCGAAAAACACAGUGAAAAUUAUUAUUCAUAUAAUAAUUUAGGAGAGCAAAUUUUUAAUAAUUCGAAUUGUGAUAGAAGAUUGAAUGAGAAUUUCAAAUCCAGUAACCCAAAAAAUAAUAAUAAUAGCAUCAAUGAUAUUUCAAACUCAGCAUAUGUAUGUAUGAUUGAUCUUUAUUGCCCUUACUGCGAAGAAAUUAAAAUAUUGUUUUUGUCUAUAAUAGUUUUUUUAAGUUUUUCACUGGAUAAUUUCCCCUUAUUCUUUUUGCAAGAUAUUAAUGAAACAAGAGAACUUACAAAAGACAGAGAUCCAGAUAAUAAAAAAAAUGAAAAUAUUAUUAUUUUAUGCGAACGUAUAUUUUAUUAUUUGAGUAAAAAAAAUAUUUAUAGGAAUUUUUGUGUUUUUAGAGAAGCGAAACUACUUGAAAAAUAUUUUAUAAAAAUAUUUAUAAAACUGUUAUAUUGUAACCAAAAGAAAACGAUGAACAAUUUGCAAAAAUACGAAAUUUAUAUUUAUAAAAAUGAAUUGAAUCCAUUGAAUUCGCAAAGUAGACAAUUUAAAGAAGGAAAUGAUAAAGAUGAACAUAUACAGGGAAGAUAUGAUCACAUCAUUAAUAAUUGUUGUAAUUAUAGUAGUAGCAAUAACAAUGUCACCUGCGAAUCUGAUAUAGAUAAAAAAUGCAAAGAACCAAAUUAUAUUUUCAAAGAAUGCAAUAAUGAUAAAAAUUAUACAAAAGAUAAAACUGAUAAAUCUAUAUAUAAUAAAAGAAAUGAUAACAAUAGAAAUACGCCUAAUACAACAUGCAGCUGUAAAAAUAUAUGUUAUUACACAAAGAAAAACAAAAUUUUUAAGAAACACAUGACUCAUGAUAAUCAUUUUUAUAUAAACUAUUUUCUUAAUUAUUUUCUAAUAGAAAAAGCCGAAAAAAAUAAUUUGGAGUAUAUAUAUGACAAAAUAUAUUAUUAUAUCCUUGUUGUUAUCAUGUGUUUCAAAGACAAAAAUUUCCUAUCAGUUCUUCUUUCAAAAAAUGAAAAUUUUUACGAUGAAUUUAAUAAAAAUUUACAAGAAUAUCUCAAAUAUGUUUUAAAAAAUAAGCAUGAAGUAAAUGAAAAAAAGAAAAAAAAUGAAACGAUGAUCCACAAUUUGUUAUAUAUAUUUGUUUCUUAUAUUUAUAUAUAUUUAAAUGAAUUAUACACCAUAUUUUUUACACACAUCAAAAAUUUGCUUACUCUUCCAUCAUUUUUUCAAAACGUUAUAUAUAUAAAUAGUGUUGAAAUUAUACAAACAAAUUUAAAGAGUGCGCAUGAGAAAGAAGGUGAAAAAACUAACGAAAAAAAUGACAGCUACGUAUCAAUUGCAGAAUAUUAUGAUGUCUUAAUAAACAAUAAAAACCAAAAUUCAAAUAAUAAUUUAGAAAAUUAUAUAGAUCAAAAUAUUAAAAAUGUAAUAAUUCGAAACAUAUUUCAUAACAAUAAUAUUUAUUUAUUUAUUUUAUAUAUAAUGAAUGACAAUAAAUAUAAUAUAAACAACAGUAACGGCGAAACAUAUAGAAAAUGCAAUUUGUUGGCUAAUAACUCUGGUGAUUCUAUAAAAAAUUAUAUUUUUUUCAAAUCCUUUCAAUCGAAUUUUAAGAGAAAUAAUAAAAUAUACUUAAACAAGAUAACAACAAAUAUUAUAUUAUUUUUUUUAUUAUUCUUUUAUGAUUAUUAUUCAUCCGAUUAUGAAAUAAAAGAAAAUAUUUUAAUGCAAAUAGUACGGCAUAUUUUCGAGCAUUUUAUAACCUUUUUUAAUGACGACUUUAUAUAUAUCCAUUCAAAAUUGUCCGAAAUUACAAAAUCAAAUAAUUUAAGCAUUAAAAAAAAACAAAAAUAUUACACCUCCAGUAAUUUAAAAUAUGUAAUUAAUAACGAAACAAAAAUUAUAGACAAUAAAUCUGUGAUUAAAGAUUUCCAAGAAAGUAAUAAAAAUGAAUCACCAGAAAAAAUAGACAAAACAAAGAAUAAAAAUAUUUAUUUGCGAGCGCAUGUUGCAUUAGAAAAGGUAAAAAAGGAGGACCGCACCAAACGUGACGAAACAUUAAAAGGAAGCAGCAGAAAUAGAGAUCAAGCAAUCACUCAACAAAAUUGCAAAUAUGUUUUACAAAAUAAAGGAAUAAAAACAAACGAAGUGAAAAAUAUAGAUGAAGAAAUUAAAAAUCAUAAAGUAUCCAUCGAAAAUAAUAACUUUAGACUAUAUAACAAUAAAAAAUACAAAAACAAUGAAUUGAAUAAAAAAAAAACACCAUUAGAUAUACAUAAAGAAAGUGAACAAAAUAUCGAAUUUAAAUAUUCUUCAAAAGAAAACACAUAUAUAAUAACUAUCAUACUAGAUAAAUUAAAGAGAAAUAAAAAAUUGCUAUUUUUAUAUACAACAAAUAGCUUCAGGAUUAUACAUAUACAUAACAACGUUUCGUCGUUGAUUUUUACAUAUAAAUACAUUUCAAUUAUGUUUCAAAAAUUAUCCUAUUUUCAAAACUCCGAAAUUAUCAAAUGCAUUUAUAAUACUUUUGACUACUACAUAUUUAAUAAUGCAAAAAAUGAAAUAAGUGUUGUAGAAGACAAAUGGAAAAAUAUUUUAUAUAAAGAUAUUGGAUAUUUGUCAUAUUUAUAUAUUUAUUAUUUCUUUAAUUUCAUAUCAUGUUUUUUACUAUAUGAUGUUUCGACGUUGGACAAAUUUUGUUCCAACACGCAAAAAUCUAUCGAUGCAAUUAAUAACUAUCUAAAAGAGUUAAUAAUUAAUACACAAGGAAUAUAUAUAUGUACUAUAAUUUUAAACUUUUAUCUUACUAUUAUGAAUUCCUACUUUUUCGAUUUUUCAUUAUAUGAAAAUACUUUUAUCUUUUUAGAACAAAAUGAUAAAACAGAUGAUCAAAAUAAUUUGAGCGCAGAACAAUAUAUUACUGACAUGCUAAAAAAUAAUAAUAAAUGGACACAAAAGGGGAAAAAAGGGACAUAUUUUGAAUGCAUCAAAAAAUUAAGUACAGAGUUUAAUAAGACAAAAUUUAAUUCUUUUCUAAUCAAUUACAUUAUAGACAAUAUAGAAAAAAGCACAAGUAAAAAUAAAACAGAAAUAAAAAGAGGAAAUAACUUAAUCAUGUUAAUUUUACAAUUUAUAAGUUAUCAAAUAAUUUUUAUAGAUAACAAAAAUGAUAUAUUAAAAUUAGCAAAUGCUUUAAUGAAAUAUCUUAAAAAAAAAGAUGCAUGCAUUGUUUUAAGUUACUACAUUAUUGUUUUUUUUAAUUCGUGCUUCCUUAAUCCAGUUUUUGAUGAACGAUUGAUAAAUACGGUAUUCAAUUUUGAUAAAAAUGAUAAUAUUUGGUUUAAUUUCAUAUUUUUAUCAAGCACAAAAAUGAAAAAAAACAAAGAUGUCAUUAUACUAGUUAAGUUUUCGAUUUUGCACUUAUAUUUAUUAUUAUUAAAAAACAAAAAUUAUUUCAAAAAAUGUAUACUAUAUAUAUCUAGUGACAUAAACAUUUAUUUUGUUCUAAUCUAUAUAUUGAAUGAAAUAUUCGAAUAUUUCCAAAUACUAAAUAAUAACGAAGAAAAUAUAAUUCAAAUGAUCAAAAUGGACAAAUCAAAUAACAAAGACAAUAAUUCUUCUAAUAUACAAAAGACACAUAUAAAAUACUUUUAUUUAUAUACUGAAUUAAUAGUAAUAGUUACUGAUAUUAUUAAAAUAAUAAAUACAAAUGAUUUUAAUAAAUAUAUUGCAUUACAACAUAACAAAGAAAAAGAUAGUUUAAUCUUACAAUUUAAAAACUUGUAUAAAAAAUUAAAGAAUGAGUUAAAGCAUUUAGAAAGACAUAUAAAAUCAAUAAAAUAUUCGAUUUUCAUUCAUCCUCUAAUGAUUAAUAUUCAUAUGCUGCAUAAAUACUAUUUAAGCAUUUAUAUAAAGGAAUUUUAUUAUUUUCAUAAAACAUUUUUUAAAUAUGAUUUAUUUAUGUUUAAUUAUCUAAAAUUAAUCAAAAAUAAAAGAAAAGAAACAAAUUUUACAUUUAUCAAAAAACAUCAAGAAAAAAAAGAAACCGGAUCAAUCGGCAUCGUAGCAACUACACUCAAGACACCCGAGGUAGUAUACGAAAAUAUGCAAAAAUUUGAUUUGAAAAAUAAUAUUGAUAGAGAAAAUUACAUAAACAAAAAUAAGUGGGAAGCAUACCAUAAUAUGAAUAACCGAGAUACACAUUUUUACUUUUUUUUUAAUACACAUAAAAACUUUAAUUACCAAAUAAAUAGCUUAUGCUCUUCUACACUUCAAAAUGAGCUUCAUUAUUCUCUCAGCAAAAUUUUUUCUUCAUCUUUUCUGAAAUCAAAUGAAACCCCCCAAAACUAUUUGCAGUACAAUAUGGAGCACAUACAAAUAUAUAUAAAUUAUAUUAAUCAAUCUGUAAAAAUUUCAAUCGAUUUUUUUAACAAUUUUGCAAAAACAUAA